AUGCCAGAAUCUGUAUCUGGCACCCUGAGUCAGGGCUUGCGCUUGCUAAGAAACGUCCUCAAUGGCCGCCAUGCGCUCUCCAAGCUCAUCCCCAUCGCGCUCUGGCUGGUCGACGCGCUUGGUUGUGGCUUGAUCAUAUGGAAGAUCCCAUAUACCGAGAUCGACUGGGUUGCGUACAUGCAGCAGAUUUCGCAGUUUGUAUCGGGAGAGAGAGACUAUACCAAGAUGGUGGGCGAUACUGGUCCCUUGGUGUAUCCAGCGGCGCAUGUCUACACUUACACGGGACUUUACUAUAUCACGGACGAGGGUACGAAUAUUCUUCUGGCGCAGCAAAUAUUUGCUGUGCUGUAUAUGGCUACGUUGGGAGUGGUGAUGCUCUGCUAUUGGAAAGCCAAAGUACCUCCGUACAUGUUCGUCUUCUUAAUCGCCUCUAAACGACUACAUAGCCUCUUCGUCCUACGAUGUUUCAACGACUGCUUCGCCGUUUUCUUCCUCUGGCUCACCAUCUUCCUUUUCCAACGCCGACAAUGGACCGUUGGAAGUCUAGUGUAUUCUUGGGGUCUUGGGAUCAAGAUGUCGCUACUGCUAGUUCUUCCUUCUAUUGGUGUCAUCCUUUUCCUGGGUAGAGGGUUGUGGCCUAGCCUUCGUCUCGCUUGGCUCAUGGCACAGAUUCAGUUCGCCAUUGGAAUUCCGUUUAUCACCCAGAACCCUCGUGGGUAUGCGGCUCGGGCCUUUGAGCUGUCACGGCAGUUUCAGUUCAAGUGGACAGUCAAUUGGCGCAUGUUGGGCGAGGAAGUUUUCCUCAGCAAAUACUUUGCUAUAUCUCUUCUGGCCUGCCACGUUCUAGUGCUCCUGAUCUUCAUCUCCAAGAGAUGGAUCCAACCAACUGGACGAUCGCUCUAUGACCUGAUUCCCUCAUUCUUGCGACUCAAGUCCCCGUUUACCGUGCAGGAACAGCUUCGCAUAUCCCACUACGUCACUCCUGAGUACGUCAUGACUACGAUGCUCACCGCCAACCUCGUUGGUCUGCUGUUCGCUCGAUCACUGCACUACCAAUUCUAUGCCUAUCUCGCCUGGGCAACUCCCUAUCUCCUCUGGCGGGCCACCGAAGACCCCGUCAUCGUGACAAUUAUCUGGGCCGCCCAGGAAUGGGCUUGGAACGUGUAUCCAAGCACCGACCUCAGCUCAACUAUCGCUGUGAACACAAUGCUGGCGACAGUUGUGUUGGUGUAUCUGGGAACAGCCAGACUUGCCGUUCCUGCUCCCGCUGCCAGAGUCGGGAACGUUGAUGAUAAGAACAAAUAG